AUAUAUAAUUUCUGAGUACCAUUUGCAACAAUUUUGCUGCCACCCCAAUCUCUGAUCCAGUCAGGACUCACCUAUACCCUGCCACGAUCUUCGGCGUUCUUACAUAUCAUAAAUAUCCAGCGUGCCCUGGUCAGACGUGAGCCCAGUGGAGUGAGCCGACCGCGACCUACCCUACCACGGUCUACCACAACCAAGCUACCCCGUCACAUUUUCCGUGAUCCGUCUGCUUAUUUUGUUCGGCAAAGGUCGUGAUCGACGCAGGGAUUCUUUUCCGAAACGCUUGCAUGAAAAUUUUGCGGCGCGCCAAUUUCGUUGUGACUGUUUCAAAUUUGGCACUAUAGUUCGAGUUACCCUACAACAUCAAUUCGACCCGAUGCCGUCGUCGUUAGACGAGCUUCCUACCCAUGUUCGUCUGGAGACACACGCUACCGCUCGCAACAAAGCAGUUGCCACAAGCACCAUCAGGCAAGGCUCGGUUGUUCUGGAAGUUCCAUCCAUGGUGGUUUUAUUGCUAUCGUCAGGCAAAGGUCACCGAUGUGAUUUUUGUCUCUGCUCAGGAGCCUCUGGCGUCAGGCUGGCCAGGUGUUCUGGCUGUGCUUCAUACUGGUAUUGUGGACCUCAGUGCCAAACUGCGCACUGGGAGUCGCACAAGAAAUUUUGUAAAAGACUUGCUUCCUUCACCGCAUCAGCCGAUUUCCAACGCCUUGAAGCGCACGAACAGCUUGACGCUUUGUUUCACACCCAUCUUAUAGCCGAAAUUUCGUCUCAUGUGCCCUCUGAUGUAAGAGUGAAGCAACUAUCCACUUUUAUGUCUCUGCUACCUGGACCGCUGCAUGACUCUCUCCCACUCGUUUGCCCCAUGUCUGUGGGUGCUGACGUGCAUCAAAGCCUCGAAGCUCUUUUUACGCGUUCUGGGAACAACAAUUUCGCCAUUCAUAGUCAUCUCACUACUAUCGCUCAUGGCAUUUUCCCCCUUGCAAGUCGCCUUUUCAACCAUUCGUGCCUUCCGAAUGCCGCUGCAAGAUACGUAAUUCGUCGAGGUCAACCGGUGCGGAUGGAAAUUGUAGCUUUGCGAGAGAUCAAUGCUAUGGAAGAGAUCUGUAUUCCAUAUGUGGACCCUGCUCUGAUAGAGUCUCGUCAGCAGAUCUUCAAGUUCACGUACGGUUUCUCCUGUACCUGCCCAUCAUGCAAUUUCAUCAAUACGCUUGGCGCCAUCCCUUCGUUGCCUGUUUCGGAGGCUGCACUUGCUAAAUUGGACGACAAUCUGCUGACAUUUUGUAUUCCCUCUGGAGAUAUUGCACUGCUUGCGAGCUCGGCCCUACCAGAACUUCCAGAAAACCUCCACCUUGUGCUUCACGAAUCGUAUCUAUCGCGGCUCACAGAUGCCUUCAGUAAAGCUUCUCACGAGGGCUCCUAUCGUGUCGCUCUUGAUGUCGGGCUAACAGUGCUUGCCAUGUAUCUCUUGAUAUACCCGGAAAACUAUCCACAAAUUGGUAUGCAUUUGCUAGAGAUGGCAAAGACAGCGUGGAAUGCUGUUAUCGCUGCUGACCAUGACAAUGCACAAGAUGCCCCUGCGAAUACAUCUUUGCUUAAGCGGGCCCGGGUCUACCAUGAUCUUUCUAGCAAAAUAAUGGAGGUGUUCGGUCCAGAAGGUGAUCCAGGGGGUCCUCUGGAAGAGCUUGCGGUUCUACAAAAUUUACUCCACGCGGAGCUGGAUUGAAUAAGUCAUUAUCAUGCACGAUGAUCAAUGACACAUCCGAAGUGUGUGCAAUUAGGGCACUAGUACCCGGUAUGAUCAGACCCACAGCAAUCGACAACGGAUUGUCAUUACGGCAAGAACCACUCGUUUCGUACGGCAAGCAUGUACUUUUAUUAGCGGACCGUGACAAUACACUGCUGCAUCUGCCUGUCCGACUCGAUCAGCACUUCGCACACUUAUAUCUGAGCACGGAAUCUGGAGGACUCAUUGCAGCUGCCACAGGUGACUGCAGCA